AUGUCGUCUAAUAGCAUUAAACUGCUGGCUGGUAACUCGCAUCCAGUACUAGCUGAGUUGAUUUCCAAGAGGCUAGGUAUUCCCCUAUCGAAAGUCGGGGUCUACCAAUAUUCCAACAAGGAAACCUCUGUCACCAUUGGUGAAAGUAUUAGAGAUGAGGAUGUUUACAUCAUUCAGACCGGGAUUGGCCAGGAAGAGAUUAACGAUUUUCUGAUGGAACUUCUAAUACUGAUCCAUGCCUGUAAAGCAGCAUCUGCCAGAAGAAUCACUGCCGUUAUUCCCAAUUUCCCAUACGCCAGACAAGACAAGAAGGACAAAUCUCGUGCCCCAAUCACCGCGAAAUUGGUUGCUAACUUAUUAGAAACGGCCGGCUGUGACCAUAUUAUUACCAUGGACCUGCACGCUUCUCAAAUCCAAGGGUUCUUUCAUAUUUCCGUUGACAACUUGUACGCUGAGCCAAGUUUCUUGAACUAUAUGAAGUUGAAGGUUGACUUAAAAAAUGCCAUCUUGGUUUCACCUGAUGCUGGUGGUGCUAAAAGGGUUGCCUCAUUGGCUGAUAAAAUGGACUUGAAUUUUGCUCUUAUCCACAAAGAGAGACAAAAGGCUAACGAAGUGUCAAGAAUGGUUCUAGUCGGUGAUGUGACUGGCAAAACGUGUUUGAUAAUAGAUGACAUGGCAGAUACUUGUGGUACUUUGGUGAAAGCCGCUAACACUCUACUGGAGCAUGGCGCGAAAGAGGUGAUGGCAAUUGUCACACAUGGUAUUUUUUCAGGCUCCGCCCGAGAAAAAUUGAGCAACAGCAGUUUACAUAAGGUAAUUUGCACCAACACUGUGCCUAUUGAGCUUGAUUUACCGAGAAUUGAACAAGUCGAUAUCAGCCCGACUUUGGCUGAAGCCAUUAGAAGAUUGCACAAUGGUGAAUCGAUCUCAUACCUGUUUAAUUUUGCUCCUCCAUUAUGA